AUGGAGGGGUUAUUGGACUUUUCGAGGGAGUUCGAUGUAGCGCUCCUGGAUAAGGUCGUCACGGCCUUUUACACGGGAGGCGGCCCAGAUCAACAAAUGGCUCAGCAAGUCCUCACCCAAUUCCAGGAACAUCCGGAUUCAUGGACACGGGUACCAGACAUCCUAGAGAGGUCAUCAUUCCCUCAAUCAAAGUACAUCGGAUUGCAAAUCUUGGAGAAACUGAUCAUGACCCGGUGGAAAACACUACCAGAUGGCCAGCGACAGGGUAUCCGCAAUUUCAUUGUUCAAGUGACGGUCAAGGUUGCAUCGGACGAGGUCUCUCUGAGGAAGGAGAAGACCUACAUUAAUAAGCUCAAUCUGGCCCUGGUUCAGAUCCUCAAACAAGAAUGGCCACACAACUGGCCCAACUUUAUCUCGGAAUUGGUCGAAGCUUCGAAAACCAGCCUUUCACUUUGUGAGAACAACAUGGUGAUAUUGAAGCUGCUGUCAGAAGAAAUCUUCGACUUCUCCGCAGAACAAAUGACGCAGGCGAAAAUCAAGCACCUUAAGAAUCAAAUGUGUGGCGAGUUCUCAGAAAUCUUCAAACUUUGCUCGGAAGUACUCGAGGAGGCCCAAAAGGCUUCAUUGAUCAAGGCGACGCUGGAGACUUUGCUCCGAUUCCUGAACUGGAUUCCAUUGGGCUACAUCUUCGAAACGACAAUCAUCGACCUGCUCUUGAAUCGCUUCCUUGAAACGCCCGAAUUCCGAAACGUGACGCUCAAAUGCCUAGCAGAGAUCGCUGCCCUGAACGUUGGACCUGAAUACGACCCGAAAUUCGUUAUCCUCUUCGCCAUGGUCAUGACUUCGGUGAACCGCAUGAUCCCCCCAAGCACCAAUAUCGCACAGGCAUAUGCGAACGCAGGCGACUCAGGCCAAGAACUUGUCCUCAAUCUUGCCCUCUUCCUCUCGAACUUCCUUUCCAACCAUCUUCGCGCUGUUGAAACAGAGGCAAACCGCGACGUUUUGCUCAACGCGCAUCUUUACAUGGUCAAGAUCUCCCAAGUCGACGAACGUGAAAUCUUCAAGAUUUGCUUGGAGUACUGGCUCAAGCUUGUCGCUGAGCUCUACGACGAAAUCCAGACCUUGCCGAUCGGUGAUUCUGGACUGUUGAUGGGCUUGAGCUUGGGCAACGGUGGUGCACAGAAUAUGUUGAACGGCAUGUCUCUUCGCAAGAACAUCUACAGCGAAGUUCUCUCGAAUCUUCGCUUGGUUGUUAUCGAGCGGAUGGUGAAGCCCGAGGAGGUCUUGAUCGUUGAGAACGACGAAGGUGAAAUUGUUCGCGAGUUCAUGAAGGAGAGUGACACCAUCGUGCUCUACAAGGCCAUGAGGGAGCUCCUUGUUUAUCUUACCCACUUGGACGUCAACGAUACCGAAACCAUCUUGACGGAAAAGCUGGCCAAGCAAGUGGACGGAUCUGAAUGGUCAUGGAACAACUUGAACACCCUGUGUUGGGCGAUUGGUUCCAUUUCCGGCGCCAUGAACGAGGAGACCGAGAAGCGCUUCUUGGUAACUGUUAUCAAGGACUUGUUGGGCCUUUGCGAAAUCAAGCGCGGAAAGGACAACAAGGCUGUCGUUGCUUCGGACAUCAUGUACAUUGUCGGCCAAUACCCUCGAUUCUUGAAGGCACACUGGAAAUUCCUGAAGACUGUCGUUAAUAAACUCUUCGAAUUCAUGCACGAGACCCACGAAGGUGUGCAAGACAUGGCCUGCGAUACCUUCAUCAAGAUUGCCCAAAAGUGCAGACGCCACUUCGUGAUGCAGCAGUCAGGAGAGUCCGAGCCCUUCAUCGACGAGAUCCUGCGCCUCCUUCAUCGAAUCACUGUCGACCUUUCCCCACAACAGGUCCACACUUUCUACGAGGCUGUGGGUUACAUGAUCUCUGCCCAGCCCAACAAACCUCAGCAAGAGAAACUCAUCGCUAAGCUCAUGGAGCUUCCCAAUAAUGCUUGGGACUCCCUCAUGGCCCAAGCCGCUCAGAACCUGGAUGUCUUGUCGAGUACCGAUAACAUUAAGAUUCUUGCAAAUGUUCUCAAGACCAACGUGUCCGCCUGUACAUCUAUUGGAAGCUUUUAUCUUCCUCAGAUAGGCCGAAUCUUCUUGGACAUGCUUGGUCUCUACAAGGCAGUCAGUGGUAUUAUCAGCGAGACGAUUGCCAAAGAGGGUUUGAUGGCCACCAAGACCCCCAAGAUUCGACAGCUUCGAACAGUGAAGAAAGAGAUUCUGAAGCUUAUGGAGACCUAUAUCAAGAAGGCAGAAGACCUCGAGGCCGUGAACAAUAACUUUAUGCCCCCAUUGCUCGAUGCCAUUCUGGGAGACUACAACCGAAACGUCCCAGCGGCUCGAGAUGCCGAGGUUCUCAAUGUUAUGGCCACUAUCAUUUCCCGUCUAGGACCUUUGCUGACACCACAAGUCCCCGCCAUCCUCGAUGCGGUGUUCGAGCCUACACUCAACAUGAUCAACCAAGACUUUGCAGAAUACCCCGAGCAUCGUGUUGGUUUCUUCAAGCUGCUCCGAGCCAUCAACCAAAAUUGCUUCCCUGCGUUGCUGGGCAUCCCUCCGGCUCAGUUCAAGCUAUUCAUGGACAGUAUCAUCUGGGCUAUCAAGCACACCAUGCGCGACAUCGCCGAUACCGGUUUGAACAUCUGUCUUGAAGUCGUUAAUAACUUUGCAACUGCCGCCGAGCCCGCCGUGACCAACGCCUUCUUCCAGCAAUACUUCCUUAGCAUCGUUCAAGAUAUCUUCUUCGUUCUCACCGAUGCUGAUCACAAGAGCGGUUUCAAGCUCCAGAGUUUGCUAUUGGCAAGGAUGUUCCAACUCGUGGAGAUGGGUGUCAUCCAAUCCCCGCUUUUCGAUCCCUCGCAAGUGCCAGACCCUUCGAUGACCAAUUCCGUGUUCCUUCGCCAAUAUACCGCAAAUCUCCUCAAGUCUGCUUUCCCUCAUGUUCAAGACUCCCAGGUGCAGACGUUCGUCACAGCCCUUCACGAAAACAACAACGAUAUCAGCCGCUUCAAGCUCGCCCUCCGCGACUUCCUUAUCCAACUCAAGGAGUUCUCGUCUGGGGACAACUCUGAGCUUUACUUGGAAGAGAAGGAACUCGAGCAGCAACGCAAGUUGGAAGCUGAACGCGAACAAGCGAUGAGGAUUCCCGGCAUGAUCAAGCCUUCGCAAAUGGAAGAUAAGGACGAGGAUAUCUGA